CCCUCGUCACCAGUCCUUCCCCAUCGCCGUUCGCAAAUUGAAAAAUCCAGCCUUUCUUCCGCACGGAGAUCCAGUGCACCUUCCGCCAUUGCUGCAAUUCGCAUCCACCCGAGGAGGAAGGCGAGGCAUUGCAAGGGAGGAGGCGAUGGACCCGUGCCCGUUCGUGCGGGUGCUGGUCGGCAACCUGGCGCUCAAGAUGCCGGUGGCCCCGCGCCCCGCAGGUGCCGGCGCCGGCGUGCACCCCACCACCUCGCCCUGCUACUGCAGGAUCCGCCUCAACAAGCUGCCCUACCAGAACGCCGCCGCGUCGCUGCUGCCCUCCGACGAGGAGGGGCCGGCGUCGUGCACGGGCGCGUUCGCCGCGGCGUUCCACCUCUCCAAGGCCGACCUCGACCGGGCCACCGCGAAGCCAGCGCUCUUCGGGCCCCGCCGCCGCGCGGCGCGGCUGAAGGUGGCGGUGUACGCCGGGCGCAGGGCCACCACGUGCGGUGUCAACUCGGGCAGGCUGCUCGGGAAGGUGGUCAUCCCGCUCGACCUCAAGGGCGCGGAGGGGAAGCCCGUCGUGUUCCACAGCGGAUGGGUCGCCAUCGGCAAGCGCCGCGGUGGGCGGAAGCCGGCCUUGGCCUCUGCCGGCGCCGCCGCGCAGGCGCAGCUCAAUCUCACCAUCCGCGCGGAGCCGGACCCGCGGUUCGUGUUCGAGUUCGACGGCGAGCCCGAAUGCAGCCCACAGGUGCUCCAGGUGCAGGGCAGCAUGAAGCAGCCCAUGUUCACGUGCAAGUUCUCCUGCCGCAGCAACAGCGACCUCCGCUCACGGUCGGUGCAGUCAGAUCCGGGGACCGGCGGCCGCAACUGGCUGACCAGGUUCGGGUCGGACCGUGAGCGGGCGGGGAAGGAGCGGAAGGGGUGGUCGGUGACGGUACACGACCUGUCGGGCUCGCCGGUGGCGCUGGCCUCGAUGGUGACGCCUUUUGUGGCGUCGCCCGGGUCUGACCGGGUGAGCCGAUCCAACCCGGGCGCCUGGCUCGUGCUCCGCCCAGGCGACGGCACGUGGAAGCCGUGGGGCCGGCUCGAGUGCUGGCGCGAGCGCAGCGGCGCCGGAGCCGGCGGCGACAGCCUGGGGUACCGGUUCGAGCUCCUGGUCCCGGACCACAGCGGCAUGGGCGUGGGCGUCUGCGUGGCCGAGUCCAGCGUCCCGGCCUCCAAGGGCGGGCGCUUCGCCAUCGACCUGACGGCGGCGCAGCCAUUCGGGCGGAGCGGGUCCCCCGGGUGCAGCCCCCGCGGGAGCGGCGACUUCGGGCAGUACGGGCUGUGGCCGUUCGGGAGCUUCCGCGGGUUCGUGAUGUCGGCGGCGCUGCAGGGGGAGGGGCGGUGCAGCAGGCCGACGGUGGAGGUGGGCGUGGCCCACGUCGUGUGCGCGGAGGACGCGGCGGCGUUCGUGGCGCUGGCGGCGGCCGUGGACCUGAGCAUGGACGCGUGCCGGCUCUUCUCGUGCAAGCUGCGCAGGGAGCUCUCGGCGUCCCGCGCCGACCUGCUCCGGUGAAAGUACCAACCGGAUCGUUGUUGUCUCGUCAAACGACAACGACGACGGCAUUGCAGAAUCGCUACCAAGCUUUGUUCCCUUUUUUUGAGUGGAGAUGAUCACUUCUUGUUUGUGAUUUGAGUAGCUGUUCUUAGUCUUCUAGGUGCUUUUUAAAGUCUAGAAGAAAUCGAAUUCAAGCAGUAGUAACGAAUGAAGCGAGUUGUGUUCGUGUUUGUGUGAUGAAUUUGGAGCCUUUUUGGCCGAGGAAGAAUUGAAAAAGAAACCUUGUGCUCGUUGUACUGCUACCAACUAGUAGCAAGUCCCAAAGGAGGAGACGAAGUUUCUCACUUUGUUCUUC